UCCAAACUAUUCUAUUUCAAUCCAUGAACGCGAAGGAAUAUUCAUUUGGAAAUCACUUUCUUUCAUUCUAUCACCGAAAGAGGAACAUAUCUUCCAUAAAGCGGCAUUAUCUUAUUGAUUCAGGGAAGAAAAUCCUUACUCAAUCACCGCACUAAAUACCGAACACUACCUAGUACUAUUCAAUUUUUCCCUUUUCCUUUUUUUUCCUCAAGAAGAGACAGAGAGAGAGAGAAAAUUUCUUGUGACGCCCUCUCCACUCAAACAGACGUCCGUCGUUUUUCUUCUCCAUCUUACUACCUUUCUUACCAUCCAUCUUUCAACCCACCAAACCUACUCAGUGUCCACUCUUAUAACUUUUCCCAUCCGGUUUGAAGAUUGAUCGAGGAAAGGUAAAAAGGCAACAAGCAUACCUUCCUUCCCGCAUCCCACCCCCUCAAUCUCCAGUUUAAUAGACGCCGUGCUACAGAGAGACAGCUUUCAAACUUCUUUGGCGGAUUCUUAUUUUUUUCUUCUGGUUCCUACAAAGCGUUGAAGGGACCCUGUUGAUCGACCGCAUCUUCAUACUCGCAAAAAAAAAAAGUUCCCCACCACCGCGUUUAUUUGCGCCCAUCUUUGGACGGAUAAAGUCUUCUUUGGAUCCACUUAUUGCUUCGAACACGAACAAUUCAGAGUAAACAUCUUGAGCCUCAAAGCAAGACUUCGUCGCGCCUCGUUCAAGCUACUCCCAAACUGUUAUCCAUUCUCCAUAACGGCCUCGAUAUCAUAUUGGUUACGGCGCGCAUCGUCUUUGACGCAGGGACCAUUCAAACUUUCUACGGUUUAAUCCCAUUGACAAGACGCUGCAACACGUACAUCCGUUGACGGAAAAAAAAAGAGAAAACUCGAAAACUUCACCUGUAAAUAUUUCGACGCGACAAAACCAAUUGAGUCGCAGUUUAUCAUAGUUCAAUCUCGAGAACUAGAUAUCAAGGUUCAGUCACACAGACGGUACAGCGAAAGGUUUUUUAUGAUUGAGUAAUCGAUCUUUCAGUCAAGAAAGUUCGAACUAAAAAGUCCAUACUCGUAAUGGACAACGCCCAAUAUCAUUCAAACGCGAUGAGCAACGGAAACUCUCCAUAUUCGCCGCUUCCUGGUAUUUCACCGCACCAGUUGCAACAUAAUUCGAACUUGCCUCCUCACACUUUGCCGCCUCUUCAACCGCAGCAACACGCUGCCAUGCAACAACAACAACAACAGCAGCAGCAGCAGCAGCAACAACAAUCAUGGAGCGCGCCUCAUACUCCCCGCACUCCAGGCACUCCAAACACUCCAGGAUCUGCUAGUUUAGGAUAUCAACAGGUUGGGGCACAAUCAAGGCCCGCACAAAUGAUGUAUGGAAAUUCUUAUCAGCAGCAACCCCCGCAACAUCAAUACCGUCCUUCGCCCUCGAUGAUGCCCCAAUCGUCUGGUGCUUUAUCACACAAUCAGCCAAUUGCUCCUGCUCCUGCAAAUAGUCGAGGCCCCCCUCUGAGACCAAUGCCGGCGAGCAAUGUCCCACAACAUCUGUCGAUGCAUUCGGCUUACUCUCAGCCCAAUAUGCUACAGCAAGUGCUUGCAGAAGAACCUCCUACCCAUGUAGUGGGUUCGCAGGGUCGAAGAGGAAUAUUACCUAGUGCUCCGGGUCGCCCGCAGGUCACUGCUACUGGCCCUGGAUCCACAAAAAACGCCAUGAUCCCCGCAAAGGAUGCCGAUGGAAAAUUCCCUUGUCCUCAUUGUACCAAGACGUACCUUCACGCCAAGCAUCUUAAGCGUCAUUUAUUGAGACAUACUGGAGAUCGUCCGUACAUGUGCGUACUUUGUCGUGAUACCUUUUCUCGCAGUGAUAUUUUGAAACGGCAUUUCCAAAAAUGUUCAAUUCGCCGGGGAAACCCUACAGGAGCAAGUCACUUGUCUCAUGCACAAGCACACCUAAAGAAGUCACACCCAGGACCAAAGGCACAUCAGACAAUGGGCCCAGAAUCUGAUAUUAUGGGUAUGAAUGGCAUGAAUGGCAUGCCAAACAAUGGUAUGCCAAAUGAUGGCUCAAUGCACCCAUUUGGUGUCGUUCCUGAUGGAAGUAUUGCCGAUGCUAGCUCUAACCUAACAGAUGAUCAAGCUUCGAAAGCUUCGAAUGACCUUCAGCGACUAGGCAACCCCGAUAACAGAGACCGAAGAAUUGGUGGACCCGCUGCAGGCGGUUCAAGUCGAUCGAGUUUUGAUCAAGGUUACGGAGGAGGGAUGCCGAGUACUAUGUCUUCCGCUAUGAACCCUGCCAUGGCAUUCAGUAUGCCAAAUGGACAGAAUGGUCAUUCUUACAGUCAGAGCUACGAUUUUGCUUCUCAAGGCAACACUGCUAACUUGCAUGCGCAGUCGAUGGAGGGAAUGUCAACUGUUUCUAACGGGCGACCUCCGAUGCCUGUCUAUGCAGGAGCGAACGCCAGCCAACAUUCGAUACUCGAAUGGCCUCACAUGCAAUCGAACGGUCAAAACAACUUCAUGACUCCUUACAACAACUCGAACCUCUCGAACCUCGCGAACCAACAAAUGCAAAUAAAACAAGAACCAUAUAAUUCGAAUCUCGCGAACUCACAAAUACAAAUUAAACAAGAAUCUUCUAACCACGGUUUCCUCACUGGUGUCUAUCCUGGUGCUUCCGAUAUUCCUGGCUCUGAUUUCUCCAAUUGGAAUAUCCCAGCUCCAAAUGACCCGCUCCAGCAAAUCUCAAGCCAAUUGCUAAAUUUUUGCCUUACCACAAAUCCACAAUUCAAUGCUCGCAGCCAAGAAAUUCGGAAAUUCCUCUCGGUCGACAAUAUUAAACACUUUCUUGAACAGUUUAGCAAUUUCCAGGGUCAUUUCCCCAUCAUCCACAUGUCAACAUUUCGUAUCACCGAUUCUUAUGAAGGUCUUCUACUAGGUAUGAUCUGCAUUGGUGCAGUUUACUCUGAUCGUAUGAGCCCAACCCAAGUCCGUGAGAUGAUGGAGAUCGUAAAGAUGGUUAUAGAGUCCAAUUCUCAAGUCUACUCAGUUAUUUCUCGCGCGCCAAAUGCUGAAUAUGCCAAUGAACCAAUCGGAUCAUCCAAAUCUGAGAUUGAACAGAUCGCAGCAAUUUUCUUGAUGCAAGUGCUCUUUACAUGGCAUGGUACACCACUGCAACGCGAGAAAGCCCGACGUGACUUCCCUAUGGUUGUUUCUUUGGCCAGAAGGGCGGGUCUUACUCAACCAAUGACCACAAACUCUUUCAGCGUCUUGCACCAAGGUCAUGUAAACGUCGACGCUUUUGUUGCCGCAAACUUCGAUUGGAACGCGUGGGUUGAGCAGGAAAAGAGAUCAAGGCUACUUUACAUGAUCUUUUUGUUGGAUUCUGCUUUGGUCAUAUUCUUCAAUAUUGCUCCUUCAUUCGAUCCGCUGGAGAUCCGCCUUCCUCUUCCCGCCGAUGACGCUGCAUGGGAAGCUCGCACUUCUGCAGAGUGCGCCGAUGCUCUCGGGCUCAAUGGUGCUGCGGUCUCGGCCCAAAAGAACCCUGAAGGUAGCCGUCGUCGCAAGCAACCAGAAAUGCACACCGUGCUUAGAACCCUGAUGCAUCACACAUAUGAAAUGCAGCCAGGAACCACGAACUUGUUCUCUAAAUUCGUUUUGAUUCAUGCCCUUCAUGUACAAUUGUGGACUGCUCAAAAACAAAUGUCGCAAGAAUCUGGGCAAAUCUCUGCAUCCUUGAACAGUGGAGCAAAUACACCAUUAAGUCAAAACGAUUGGGUAGUUAGGAGCGGGGAUCAAGGCGGUAGUGGAGCACCCAGUGCAAACAACAGUGGCCGAGCAACUCCUGUUGACGGCCAAUCUCCACAUUCUCAUCAACUUUUGAAAACUGUUACAACUGCCUUUGAAAAGUGGAAGAAAGCUUGGGACGAGGACAUUAGUGUCCAAUAUCCACCAGGAUCCUCUUACUCUCGCCGUUUCGGAUUCUGUCGCGAUGGUGCACAUUUUUACUGGCUUCAGAAGUGUAUGCUUUCUCAAAAACCCGAUUGGCAGAUGCCCUCGGAUCAAAGAUUCACACAUGUGAUUCAACUGUUGAAGUUUUCCAAGCGAUGGGCCUCCACUGACACAGCAAAACGAGGAGAGGAACCCGGAUCAGUCAGUGACAUUGACAAGGACUUUGGGGUAGCGAACUUGACGCUGGACAUGGCUCAAUUGUUCAGGCCAGUAAACGCAAAGAUCGAUUCUCCGGUGCAGGGUGUACAUACCAACAUUUAAGAGCGAAUUGACACGAAUAAUACGUUUGGGCGGGGCAACUUAUAGAUGGUUUUUAUUGCAUUGCAUGGGCGUUGUUACAUUUUCCUUGAUUUACUCCGCUCCAUUCAACAGCGUCGAGAUUUACAGAGUACAUUCGAUUUCAAGAAAAGUUUGCGUGGUUUUAUAUAUUAGCAUUGCAUUUGGCGGCGAAGGGAUGUGUUGUGAACAUAGGCCCAGCAAUUUUUGUGUUGCGGGAGAUUUGAUUUCAUUCGCAUUUAUUGUCCCUGUUCAGCAGGACAAUAUCACUUUUCAUUCAGAUUUCGGGAAUGGGGAAAUGAAAGAAAAUUUUAUAGACGGAUACCAGCUUCUUUAAGCGCUGCAUUAGAUGGCCUUGCUUUUUUUUCAAUUGGUACCUUGUUUAUAGAGACGUUGUUAUGAUGGGUUGUUGGAGGAGGAGAUGAGAUGUCCUUUGACCGGGAUGAUGAAAAGCAUAUGAGACGAUUUGGGUGGAAGAAAAGAGGAUUGGCCUUCGCUCACGCAACAGACAAGGACAAAAAAAUACAUUAUCACCACACCAAAAUUAACACUUUGGUAUUGCAAUCUAAUACAGCUUUAGCUUCUUGCUUGCUGGAUGAGAUAGUUGGCGGGACAGAAAAGGGGCGCGAUUGAUAGAAAUGGCUGUAUGUAUUUUUAUAUGCACGACUUCUCUAUUUCUUCACAGCUCAGCUUUUUCGGGGGUUGCGCUCGCUUGCUCUUUUCAGGUGUUUGUUUAUUCUUUGCUACUUUUACAUUGCGUCACAGCUUGAGGGGAAAAUUAGGGUGGAAUGCAUGGGUAUAUUGGGAUGGGUUAAGAUAAAAUGAUUGAUUGGUACCUCCUGAUGAAACUCUUUCAUUAGGAAUAGAAGAAAUUCGGGAGGUAUUAUAUUAUAUACUAGAUAGAAUCAAAAAAAGCUUUAAAAUUCAUAAAUUCUUAUGUGCUCCUUUUACAUCCUGAUUGUGUUGUAUUUU